AUGUCUUUGAAGUCAUCUUCAACGUGUAGUGAAAUAAGUAUCGAUGAGAUUCAAUCGCGCGAAGAACAAGAUUACUCGUCAGAUUUUCCAAUCAAGCAAGAGCCUCAAGCAACUGCUUCACCAAUGCUAACACCACCACAUACACCAACCGAAGAGAACACAGCCAGCAUUCAGUCAACACGUCACAGUUCUUAUUACGAAAUGGAGACAACAAUAAAACAUUCACCGAGACAGCAGCCAUCACCAACGCAAAUUUCCAGUACUUUGAGUCAAGACAUGACAGCGAACAAUUAUCAGCAUCACUUUUAUCAUCAGACACAACAGCAUCCAGUCUACAGUCAACGACUGUGGCUUCAACAGAACUCGCAUACACAUUUACCGUUGACCGGUCAGACAUCCCUACCCCAUGCAGUUCAUCCCCAAGCCGCCAAUUUACAGACACCGUAUGCAAUGACUUAUGGACAAAUGCAUCAGCCAACCGGGCCAUCAUCUGCUCAACAUCAUGCUGCUUUGAUGAGCCAUUGGAUACGAAGUGCUGCGAUUUAUCAACAACACAUGCAUCAUCGUGGCUAUCCUGAUUAUCAACGACUACCAUCAGUGGCAGCACGCAAUGGACUGGGACCAUUGAAAGUUACUGGAACGGCUGGAACACGUCCAAAGAAACAAGCCAAUCUUAAAACUCACAUGCAAAUUCAUUCAAAUCUUCCAUCAGAAAAUGAAGAAAGUGUCACGUCAUCAUCAGUGGAGCCGAUUUUGGAUUUAUCACAAAAGUCAUCAACACCAUCACCACACAAGAGUCCAUUGUGUCAGACGGGAAUCGUAAAUAAGAAACCACUCGGAUUUACAAUCGAUGAAAUCAUGAGACGAUAA